CGACCAAGUCAGGUGUGUACGCACGGGUACAAUUACAGAGUAGGUCAAAACGCGUGUGUGUCGUGUCCAUCCUCAGGUAUGUCCGAUAUGGACACGGUCUCUGUUGUGACUAUAUGCGUUCGCCUCAGUAGGUCCUGCCGGUGAAGCGCGUAUACCAACCUUCUCAACCAACUUGUCAUCCCUCCCAUCCGCCCAUAAUCCGAGUCAGAACGCUAACGACCCUGCACCGCAGACGACCCUGACACGCCAGAUCUCAUCAUCUAUGGCCAGCUCCGCCCCUCUCCCCCUCCAUCUUCUGCUUCUUCCUCUUCUGCCAGCCCGCCAUCGCCAGCGACAGCAUCGACCUCACACGCCCCGCCACAAACGCUCCACGUCCUCGCAGCGCGGAUCCUGCCCGCCCCGCCACCGCCACCCUCCUUCCGCCUGCCGCGCCCGGACGACCCCACCCCGCGCCGGCCCCCGCCCGCAUUCGGCUCCGGGGCGAAGCGCAAGCGCGAGUCCGUUCCGUUCGACCUCUCGGACACCAAAGGCAGCGAGAGAAGCAAACGCACGAAGUCUACCGCAGAUGCGAAUGGCACCGGGAAGGGCAAGGGGCGCGCGACGGCGAUGGACGAAGAGGCGAUGCGGCGGGCCGCGGCGGAGACGAUGGUGCGUAUCCCGCCGCCGCACCUGCUGCAGAAGGCUGCAUCGGGCUCGGCGGUCGCGGCGGCGCUGGGGAAGGACGCGCGCGUCGGUGCCGGGAGGGACAAGGAUGUGUUCAAGGUGCCGAACGUGCCGAUACGCCGGACAGCCUCCGAGGCGGACGUGUUCGGGGGCCCUAGCGUGAGUGCGGGCAGUGGUAGCAAGGGGAAGGAGAGAGAGAAGGAGAAAGUCGAGAGCGUGGAGAGGGAGAACCGGAACACGGUGAAGCGGGCGGUCACGAAGGCCCUCGCGCGGGAGGGCGUCGGCAAAGGGCACGCCGAGUUCAAGGAGCUGUUCCAGAUGGUGUACCAUGGCGCGUGCUUUGCGCUUCGACGGAGGUUAGGUAUUGGGGCGCUGGACGCGCAGACGAUUGAGCACUUUGUCGACGCGCAUAUACGGAUGUACGUCAACGACGCACCGUCGUAGUAGCGGAUGUGUUCAACUAGUGCGUGUGCUAUAUCUAUCCUUAUC